CGGCCUUAAAUGCAGGCGGUGGGAACUCUGCCGCACAGCCCCAACCACAAUCUCUGUCUAGGUAGUGGAACCUGCGGGUUGGGGUAAGUAAACAUCUCCGUCCCACUCUUUUUUCCUGUUGAGUUCCUCUUGCUUAAUAACUUCUGAGUCUUGCACUACGAGGAAAGUGAAAGCCAGAUGUCCCGAUCGAUGCCUACCGGACCCUACUUGUUCUUGGAGAGUUCGGAGAUAUGCUGGAAGGAAGGGCAUGGCCUGUCUGCAUUCGGGUGCACGGCAUAGCUGCCUUAGCCGGGGCGGCGGCUGGCCAGGAAACUUUCAGAACUGCAAAACUGGAACAAGUGUGGUAGGAGAUGAAAGACAGCGGUCGGAAUUCGGUUAGACACGGGUGUGUGCAGGGAGAGGAGAUGGGAGCCAGGGGCAAGUGUGCCUGGGGGCACUGCACCCGGACAUCUUUUGGUGGGUGGGACUCUCCCUGAACUUCGGUUGCCCGAGGCCAUGUGCUUUGGUUGGGGGGGAGCUUCUGGACUUCCAGCGAGGUCGGAAUUCGCACUUGGCUGCCUUUUUGGGAAAAGAGACAAGUAGAAAAACCGGGCUGCGGAUCCGACCGUCGGGAACGCUCCAUUUGCAAUGCAAAAGUGUCCAGGGCACUGCUGUUACCCCCAACUGGGGUCGCCUCUCGGUGGGUGUCCAGUCAAAAGACACAACCAAGCCAAAGCAUAAGAAAAGGAAAGGUUUUACUUGCAAGAGUAAAGGAGAACACCAGGGAUAUUUCCCAACGUAGUGUCACCCCGAAAAACAAAAUUGGGGAAGUUUUAAGCUAAGGGUACGUGCAUAUUCAUGAGGGGGUUCGCAAAAGAAAGUUCAGUAUGGAACUGGGGCAAAGGUCAUCCGAAAUCAACAGAGUCCAGGUCCUAGUUGAUUGAAGUCUUGAGAGCCAGCAAGGGUCGGCAUCAUCAGCUCCCUGACCAGUUCCCCCGGGGUUUGAGUGGUCAAACAGCCCAAGAACGUUGGUGAGAUCAGUCUUUGCUUUUGAAACAGCGCUGGGAGUUUUACCAUUGAUUUAUUGCCUCUGAUUUGGUUGGGCUAUUAUCGGCCCCGUCAAAGCGAUUAGUUUUUGCAUUCCCUUUGUUUCCAUAAAAUCCUAAACUGCGGAGGUUCUUGCAUUCCUUUGUAAUUUUAACACCUCCUAGAGGAAGUUCUGCAGGAAGGGAGCGAGGGCAAGUAGAGUCAGUAGGACAUAGGUCACAAAAAUAGCUGACGGCCUAAAAUGACUUCUCCUGUGGCCGGAAAGCUAUGUCUCCGUUUUCUUUUUCGGGGGACCCCUAACUCUUUUCUGCUUACACUGCUGUGGGACCGUUGAAAUUGGCAGCGACUGCAGACCCGUCCGCUGGAGGUACACACGUGGGGAAGGAGCGGCUCCCUCGUGAUGCCGGGAGAUCUGUCCAAGAAAAUGUCCUGAUCCCAAAGCUCAGGGCUGUCUGAAUCAUCUAUUUUGGUUUCCUGUGGAGAAACUUCAGGAUGGUUCAUGCUAAGAGCUGGACCCUGAAGAAGCACUUUGAAGGCAGCCCUACUCAUAGUAACUUUGAGUUAAAGACAGUUGAACUCCCAUCCUUAAAAAAUGGAGAGGUCCUGCUGGAAGCUCUGUUCCUUACCGUGGAUCCUUAUAUGAGAGUGGCGGCCAAAAGAUUGAAGGAGGGUGAUAUGAUGAUGGGACAGCAAGUGGCCAGAGUUGUGGAAAGUAAAAAUUCAGCCUUCCCAGCAGGAACUGUGGUAGUGGCUUUUUCAGGCUGCACGACACACUCUAUUUCUGAUGGGAAAGAUCUGGAAAAGCUACCCGCAGAGUGGCCAGACACAGUACCGGUGUCUUUGGCUCUGGGAACAGUGGGCAUGACAGGGUUAACAGCCUCCUUUGGCCUACUUGACAUCUGUGGUGUGAAGGGUGGAGAAACAGUGAUGGUUAAUGCAGCAGCAGGAGCAGUGGGCUCUGUGGUGGGGCAGAUAGCUAAGCUCAAGGCCCACCCCAGAGAAUAUUAUCUAUCAGCAGCUCCGCAUGGAAGGGUUCAUCGUCACCCACUGGCAAGGAGAGGUCCGCCAGAAGGCUCUGAAAGACUUGCUGAAAUGGGUCGUAGAGGGAAGAGAAGACGCUGUCAAAUACAGAACUCAAGCCUGGAAAAUGAGGAGGAACUGGGGAAGAGUCAGACUUGUGACAAAUUCUGAUAACUGAAAUAAAAUAGCAUCUGAAGAAUGAGUUCGAA